UCCCCGUCCUCCUUCCUCGCCUAUUUAUCGCCGCCUCCCUCCUCCGUCUCCACCCACCUCACACAUCCCCAUCAAUCCAUCUUUCCAUCCGCAUUCAUCUCCUUUGAGCAGCUCCUCUCCUCUCCAUUGUUUCUCUGCUCGAAGAUGAAGCUCUCCAUGCAGUCGCUGGCCCGGAAGCUCUCCAUCCCGUCGCCCAAGCGGGGCAAGAAGCAGCAGCAGCAGGACGGCGGCAAGCGCGGCAUCUCCCGGAGCGAGGCGCCGUCGUUCGCGUCGGCGUCCUCCUCCUCCACCACCUCGUCCUCCUCCGAGGACGCGCUGCCGCGGGCGUCGACGCCGCGGUCGGUGCUGCCCGCGGAGAUCUCGCGGCGGGAGCUGGAGGCCGUGCUCCGGCGGCUGGGCCACGAGGAGCCCUCCGACGACGAGCUCGACGCCGUGGCGGCCAUCGCCGCCGCCGGGGAGGCCGGCCCCGAGGACGAGCUGAUGGAGGCGUUCAACGUGUUCGACGCCGACGGCGACGGCCGCAUCACCGCCGAGGAGCUCCGCGGCGUGCUGCUCGCCAUCCUCGGCGGCGAGGCGGACGGGUGCAGCCUCGACGACUGCCGCCGCAUGAUCGGCGGCGUCGACGCCGACGGCGACGGCUUCGUCGGCUUCCAGGACUUCGCGCGCAUGAUGAUGGUGUCCACCACGGCGGCGGCGGCCACCACCUCGGCCGGCCCGAGAUUCCUCUGAACUAGCCCGUCGAUGGAUCCGCUACGCCAGGCUCCUCCUCCUCUGUUCCCGCUCUGUUCUGCUCGCCCCCGCCCCCACGUUCCCGCGAAAUUUCGAUCGGCCGCGACGCAUGGCGCUCAGAUGUGUGAUGCUCGUUCAUUCCAGUUUCUUCUUCCUUUUGGCGCGCACCGUGAUGAGGAAUGCCAUGCGGCAGCUAGCUCAAGUAUAAUCAGGAUCACUCUACUACUAGUACUAGUCUACUACGUACUCCCAAGAAAAAGGCGAGCAUCCGCUGGUUAAAUCACGACAUGUAAAAUUUGUCCGAGAGCUGGGUGGAUCGAUGGAGAGUGUGUGCGUGUGUUGUGUUGGCAAUGAGAACGAAAUGCUUUGUUGCUUGGUUUUUUUACAACAAGUUGGUCCAGCUACUGCUAAUAUAAAUGCUCAGUAUAA